GUCUCGGCUCGGUUCGUGACCAGUUGAGUGACUGCUAGACCGAGACCGUUACUGCACAUUGUAGAAUGUAGCUCAAUAAUUGCAUUUACAACCUACUCAAUUUCUCAGCAUCCCAUUUCUGCACAUUGUGUAGCUCAGAGAAGCUUCAGCAAUGGCUGUCAACAGAGGAGCUCUUCUCAUAAUGACUUGUUUCAGCUUAAGGCCUCUGAGUGUAAGACCUUGUCCUCUUUUAUCGUCUCUUUUUCAUUCUCAUUUUCUUCCUUUCUCUACUAAACCUAACCCUAAUUCACAAGUUAAACCCCCCUUUAUUCCUUCUCCAUCCACCACUCAUCCCGAACUUAAACAAUUACUCUAUCAUAAGUCCGAAGUUGGUUUCGACAAACUCGACAAUGCUCUUCUUGUGUUCGAUGAAAUGCUCCUUCUGAAAUCUAAGCUUUCUGUUCUGCAAUUCAACCAACUGUUAGCCGCCCUCGUUCGGAUGAAAGAAUACUCUGUUGCCGUCUCUAUGUUUAGAGAAUUCCGUGUUUUAAGCAUUCCUGUUGACAUUGUUACCUUUACUACUGCCAUCCAUUCCUGUUGUCACUUGAAUACACUUGAUUAUGCCUUUUCGUUGCUUGCUGGAAUCAUCAAGAGUGGUUGGAUGCCCGAUGCCUUUACCUACAACACUCUCAUCAAGGGCCUUCUAUCUCAAGACAGGCCUUUGGAGGCUGGGGAUUUGUUUAAUAAGCUUAUCACAUUUCAAGAAAUUCAGCCCAAUUUAGUUACGUAUAGCACCAUCAUUGAUGGUCUCUGCAAAACUUCAAAUACCUCCAUGGCUCUCAAGUUGUUAAGAAAGAUGGAGGAGAUAGGUUGUAACCCCGAUGUGGUAACUUAUAACACCAUCAUUGAUGGUCUCUGCAAAACUUCAAAUACCUCCAUGGCUCUCAAGUUGUUAAGAAAGAUGGAGGAGAUAGGUUGUAACCCCGAUGUGGUAACUUAUAACACCAUCAUUGAUGGUCUCUGCAAAACUUCAAAUACCUCCAUGGCUCUCAAGUUGUUAAGAAAGAUGGAGGAGAUAGGUUGCAGACCCAAUAUUGUAACUUAUACCUCGAUUAUUGAUUCUUUGUGCAAAGAGAGACAAGUCGAUCAAGCAUUGGUUCUUGUGUCUGAAAUGACCAACAAAGGCAUAUCACCUAAUGUUAUAACCUAUAGCACACUACUUCAAGGUCUUUGCAGCUCGGGCCGAUGGGAGGACACUGAGAGUUUGUUAACUGAGAUGGGUGUUAGGAAGGUCUCUCCAAACUUGCACACCUAUAAUAUAUUAGUUGAUGCAUACUGCAAAGAAGGGAGGACAACACAUGCAGAAGAUGUGAUUAAAAUUAUGAUCCAGAAAGGUGUGCCUCCUAACGUAAUCACAUACAAUGCACUGAUGGAUGGUUAUUGUUUAACAGGCAAAAUGGACAGGGCACAAGAGGUGCUGAAUACCAUGAAGAGUAAUGAGAUAUGGCCAGACUGUUAUAGCUAUAACAUUCUCAUUGAUGGUCUCUGCAAGAACAGAAAACUUGACGAGGCCAGAAAUACUUUUGAUAAGCUUGCUUCGAGUGGUUUGCAACCUGACGUCAUAACACACAACAUAAUGAUCAGAGGACUUUGUCAAGAAGGGUUAUUUGAGGAAGCAAAGGAAUUACUUUCUAAAAUGGAAACGGGCAUUCAUGGUACUAGACCUAUUAUCUAAAGAAGAACAAGACCCCUCCGUUCUUGCUUUCUGCAAAUGGUUUUUGCAAUAGGUACUGAAGUUUAUGGUUCAUUGUUAUGUAUUGUCAUCUUUUUACUUCCUUGAGUUUUCUGCUGUAGUAAUAUGUUUUACUGAGCAAAGAAUUAUUCUAAUUAGCAAUGUAAGGGGUUCCAUCAGUUAAGAGCUAAUAGACAAUAUAUUUGAGACGGUAAGACUAUGUCUUUUAUUUGUAUUGAGUACGGUCUAUGUUCAAGUUGUCAUUCAGAAUUGAAACUUGGCAUCUCGAUGCCUCUUAUAUACAGAAAAAGAAAUCAGCAUUUGAUAAUAAUAAAAGAAGCCUAUGUGAUACCUCAAUAAUACAUAUAUUCAGAUAACUUUGUUCUGGAUAUACUCUUUAGCACAUAUUUUGGCUUUCACGAACAAGCUCAUUUUUCUUCCUCGUCAUAUAUGGAUAUAAUAAUAGUUACAACAUAUUGGCAUUCUUCACCAUGGUUAGAGGGUAUCCAUUUAACAGUAAUAACAAGGUAACCACUAGAUUGGUGACAGGGUAGGUCCAGUUAUUCUAAGUUCAUCACCAUGUUUGAUUAAUAUUGACUGUUAUUUCCUAUGAUUGUGGCACUUUGCUUCUCUUGCUCUACUUCAUGCUGGUCUUGCCUAUCACUGCGGAAAGUCAGCAGUUGCUGUUGGCCUCCUAUUGUUGCUGAAGUCGGCAUCUAUUCGGAUACCUAAGAAUCUAAGGGUGUGUGGGGAUUGUCAUACGGCUAUGAAAUUUUUUAUCAAAAGUUUUUGACAGGCAUAUCAUAUAAGGGACUCACACUGUUCCCAUCAUUUCAAUGAACGAAAACGUUCUUGUGGUGAUUACUAGUAUGAAGUCUUCCUGCUUUGUUAUGGCCCCUGCCUCCCAUGACAGUUAAACAGGAGCGCAAUGCACAAUGGCACUAAGAUACAUUGAAGGCUUAUACUCUUAGAAAUAGAAGCAGAAGUUGUGAUGUCAAAGUCGAUACAAAUAACUUGUAAUGUCCGAAAUAGUACAUAGCGAAUUGUGCUAAACUUUUCUUCGUCUGGUUUAUUUUUGCGCAAAAGUUCCAAGGAUAUGCAGAAAACGCAGGUACUGUCCGGGUCUGGACAUUCAACGUCAGGGCAUAAUGUCAACAGGAAAAGACCGGUAAACGGCUUAAUUCUAAAUUUUGGAUGAAUAUGCAGGGGUGUUAUGGUACGUUUAACGGAAAAUUGUCUCACUUUACGUGUCACUUUAGAUGAAUAUCAGGAUAUGCUGGGGUGUGUUUUAAGCAUUCCAGUUAACAAAUUUACCUUUAAUACUGUCAGCAAUUCCUUUGCUCACUUAAAUGGUCUUGUCCCUAGUGUUGUUACCUAAAACACUCACAUGAAGGCCCUUCUAUCUCAUGCCUUUGGAGACUGAGUUUUUGUUUAAGUAGCUUAUGAGAUUUCAAGAAAUUCAGAUGGUCUCUGCAAAAUGAAUACGAAUCAUGAAUCAUAUUCCAGUUUUAGGGUAUGAUCAUUUUAUAGAAGAUAAUACGUGACCUAAAUUGAGCGGUUAUAUACUAAUAUAAGUGCUAAUAUCUGGGAUUAACAAUCAUAUUAAACGCAAUCAUCCUAUCUUUGGUGUGCAGAUGUUCUUGGACAAUAAGCCAAGCAUUGAAAGCAUGCUUGGGAAUAUAGCAAAUUUUUCAUAUCAAAUUAAACCACAAAGUUUUUAAUUUAUGAUCAGUAAGGUCAGAGUAAUGGUGGCAAGUUUUACAGGCAUAGAAUUAUUUUUUAAAUAUUUAGAUUAUAUAUUGGGAUAUUAUUGACAUUAUCAGUUAAAGAGUUUUUAAAAAUAUCAAUUACUUAAACUAUAUGUUUUGUUAAAUGAGUUCAAUCAUAUUUAAGAUAAAUAAUAUCAUCAAUAUCAGUAAAAUAUGAGUUAAAUCUACUUUCUUUCUAUAUAUAAUAAGCCGACCAGGGGCAAAAUAUGCCAAGAAAAUGCCUGUGAAAUGACGAGCAUAUCCCUGAAUUAUUUAGAAUUACAAUUUUGUCACAACCAAUUGAAUCUCAGCCCAGAAUAUGACUCUUCCGCUGCUGCUGUGUCAAAGAUUUAGGGCGAUACAGGUUCUUCUGCUCCUGCUAAUUCUAACAGUACAAGCCAAACAUGUCCGCUCUCUUUAAGGUAUUGAGCCGGUGGAACGAGUCGACACGGACAUGAACAAGCUAACCGUGAGCACAAGCAGGGAUCCCUCGAAAUUCUGAGACUUAAUUGAGAAGAGAACUAAAAACAAAGUCGAGAUCAUUUCUCCCAAAAAGCAUAAGGCCAACAAAAACGAUGGUGAUGGCAAUGACUGGAAAAAUUCCGGCGACAAGACAGCCAAAGCCGAGAAGAAAUCAAAAGAUCCUCCUGUAAGUCUGUAACAGCAGUCCUAAAGGUACCUCUGCUUUGUGAUGGCUGUAUUCAGAAAAUUCAGAAGCUUGUCUACAAAACAAAAGGAAAUAAAAUAUCCAUUUAUAGCUCAAAAAACCCAUGGUUGGAGAAUGAUGGGAGAUUUUCCUUAUGCGGCGGGCUCAUUGUCGCCAUGGGAUGUGAAUUACAGGGGGCUGUUAGCAGAUGAAGCUAUGUACUGGGUUUUUAGACCUAGCGAGAAAGCUAGGGUUAUCGUUUCUCUGUACAUAAAACCAGAGACGGAGAAGGGUAUGCAGGUGGAUGUUGGGCACUUUUUGCAAAAGCAUUUUCUUAUGUAAAUUUAAAGUACUCAUUCUGAUUUCUGGGUGAUGGAAAAAUAUGGUGCGGAAGUCUUGGACAAAGCUGUUCAGCAUCCCUUAUGUUGAUAGUAUUCGACUCCUUGAUUUCAUAAAAUCAAAUAGAUUAAAAUGGAGUAAAUAGUAAACUUAUUUCAGCGUUUUUGAACUCCUAAGUGCUUUCAUACAUAAAGGGUUGGUCAUUUUCUCUUAUUUUGGCAGGUUAAGUUUGAAGAGACUUAUAAAAAGUAGAAGGACAAUGACCAAGUUCUUCUUAAAGUUGCAGGAAAGAGUAGGCCGCUUAACUGCAAUAUGAAUUGGAACCUGUUUAGGCUAAGCUCCGUGUGGGAUAGAUUUGCACAAGACAAUUCAUUUUCUGUAGGUGACAAUUGUGUCUUUGAACUGAUAAAUACCCAUGCAUCAGUCAUACCCUUACUUCAGAAUCAACCUAUACCCAUCUUCCUUGUAUGGUGGAUCCUUGUAAAGCUUGAAACGGAGCAGGAUCAAAAGGUAGACAAAGGAGUAUCAAGGGAUCACUCACUCAAAUGUUGUGUUGAGCAUUUUUUUUGUUACUAGAGAGAGAAAUUAGAGAGAAAAUUGAACGGGGUUUAUAAGCUAGGGUUUGUCAAAAUUCAGUAGUUAAUUUCUAGGGUUUAAUUUGAUUGUAAAGUCUCGUAAUGCUGGAAAAUCAGCCGUGCUUUCAGAUGACGAAGAUGAGAUGGAGGAUUGGAGGUGUAUGAUAACAAAGAAGAAGAAGAUGAUGAAGACGUUUUGCACUCAAAAAGCGUCACUUGGGCAAGUCUAAUUUUAAAAUUUUCUUAUGGCGUAUUUGGAUGAAUUCAUACCUUGAUCAAGGACAGGACAGAAUGAAUACGAGAAUGAGGGUUUUAUAGUGGAUGAUGAAAACAAGGAGUUGGUGGUGACAGUGAUGAGGAAAUGCAAAAGAAAAGGAGGCGGAAUAAAAGGGAAUCCUAGAACUACAUUAUUGAUGAAGAUGACUAUGAGCUGCUUGAGAAUAAUAAUGUCGCGGGUCUCCGGCGUCCAGAAAGUGUAAAAAGUUCAAGCGUUUUAAAAAGCUCACAGGGAUCAUCAUUCUGGACUUUCUGGUGGCAAUGAGUUCGAUAGAUCUGGGAGGGAUUUGUUCCAACACAGCUUAUUUGGGGAUGACGAGGGUAAAACUUUGUGAGCACAAUUUCAAAAUGCUGAUUGUAUGUUACUCACCAUUUUCGUAAUGUAUAUGUUUAAAAAGUUGUGGCAACAGAACUCGAACACAUUGCAGGAGAGGAGCAACUAGAAGAAGACAAUGAACUUGGGGAUGAGGACGAUUUGGGUAAUUUCAUUGCUGAGGAAGAUUUGGACAAGCAUGGUGCUCCUAUGAGGAGGGGUGUAACUAAGAAAAAAGCCUAGGCAGGCACAAGUAGUCUCUUUAUCUGCAUUACAGGAAGCUCAUGAUUUAUUUGGAAAUGUGGACGAUUUAUUCAAGCCUCGUGCAUAUCAUGAUGACUCUGGCAUAAGAAAGGAAAGAAGGAUUUGCGGUGGAUUUGAUCCAACUAUUCUCGCAGAAACGUAGAUGACUGAGAAGGAUGACUUGAUUCGUAACACAGAUUUUCUAGAAAGGUAGCAGGUAAAGAGUGAGUUGGAUAUAUUUCUGUACUUGACAUGUCUGCCAACUACUUGGGUUCGCAAUGAGCUAGAAACAUGAUACAUUUGUUUGGAAGAAUUGAAAUCAGUGAGCUGUUAAUAGUCAAGGAAGACGUGAUGAGAUUUUGGAUUUUAUUCAUAUCCAUAAAUUGGAUGUAGGUGUUGGACUUCAUGUUUAAAUAAUAACAUUGCUGUUACAUA